AUGGAGGAAGAUUCUAGGACGACGACGACAAGAGAUAGUAUUUACAGAGCUGCGAGGAGUAUAAAGCGAAGAGACAACAGUCUUUAUAACGCUCUUCGAUCAAUCUAUCAAGACUCAAUCUUUGUCGGAGAAAUCUCUCGGUUAUGGCCGAAACUUCCUCUCUUAGCGAAUCUUCGUUGUGGUCUUUGGUACUCUCCUAGAUUCGACGCCACUUGCUACUUCAAAUCCACUGAUGGUCAUACCAACAAUUUGUCUUUCAACACUUCUCGUCUCAAUCUCCAUCUCCCUCUUCUCGCUGGAGAAAAAGGAGGUUGUAUCAUUAUUGAUUCUACUCGGAAAGGAAAGCGUUUUCCGGAUAGCAUGUCGAAAACGAUACCAAUAUGGUCAUGUGUAUUGAACCGUUCAGUAUAUAAUUACUUGAAGAAACUAUGUAACAUUGAUGCAGGUUGUGAUCAUGAUGGAGAUAACAUAAGGCAAUUGUUAGAUAAAUGGGAUUGUAGUUUACAUCUUCCACUUUGGGUUUCAAAUACUGAGAAGGCCUCUAUCAAAGCUCGAUUGGACGAGUGGACAAGACAGUUAGAGGCGAGUGGAGCUGAUAUAGCUUCUUUAGCUUCAUGUUUGAGAAAACCUUUACGCCCUCUUUGGGUUUCGCAGAAAACAGUCUUAUGGUUGAAUGAAGUACCUGAGCAUGGUUCAUGGGAUUUCACCCCUCUCAUCCUUGUCUCGUCUUCUGCUUCCGGUGAAAUUCAACGCAGAACUAAUUCAGAGUUUAGUUGGAGUUAUAUUCCAGGAGCUGGUGAUGAUGAAGAGAGUUGGGCUAGAGGUUUAUCUCCGAAUGUUUUCUGGACACAUGUUGACGAUCUUAUUGACUCGGGACCUGAAUUGUGUAACCAGAAAGUUGCAGAGAUUGUUGAGAAUGAUAGAGUGUAUCGAGCGCAGAGAGGUCAGGAAGCUCCUCAGGUUGUUGUCAAAUGCUCAAAAUCUAAUGGAGUCCAUAGCACUAAGAGUGAUGAAAUCUUAUCUCUUGAUGCAUCAAAACCUAAAGUUGGGAUGAUGAAUGUUGAUAAAGAAAGCUUAGUAUAUUGGUUUGCAUCAACUAAUCUUGCUGUUGGGGCAUCUCAAGUAGUUGGUAAAGAGACAUCUAUCGACUGCACAUUAAAUUGCGAUCAAAAUCCCAUCUCGGUCCCUCUUUCAAAUCUUGAAGAGCAUUUGCAUCUACCGAUGACAGGUUCAAAAUUUGAUAGAUUUUCCAUACUUAGAAAUCUACCUUCCGCGGUUAAUUUUGCUAAGCUGAAAAUGAGUUCGGGUAAGAAGCUCUUAGUUUGUUGUCAAGAUGGGGAAGAUAUCAGUGUAUGUGUAUGUUUAGCCAUCUUGAUUUCAUUAUUCAGUGAAGAAGGGGUCUUUGAUGGUGGAAAAUCCUUUGAAGAGAAGAGUAUAACAAAAAUGGAAAUGCGACGGAUGCUAAUUUUUAUAUGCAAAUACGCAGUGAAUGCCCGUCCAUCUAGAGGGAAUCUCAAGCAAGUCUUUGGUUUUCUCUGGUCUCAGCGCGAAAAUUCGGACGAGUAG